AUGCGGGGACCUUUUUGGAUCACACGGGUUUUUCUGAAAUACAAAACACCGUUGAGCGUGAGCAGUGACGUCAGUGUGCUUUCUUCCGUCACAAAUGCCCCCUUUUCCCCAUCAUGUCAGGCCAUACUGCGAUCGGUGGCGAGAGCGCGACACUACGUGAAUAGGUACUGGGUGACACUGCCACAGUCACGCCGCACCUGCAAUGCGGUGGUGCUCCCAGGCGAGUCUCCGACAUUGAUACACCUAAAUGUUGAAAAGGUUGUGCCCUUCACAACACUACCAAAGAAAACGCAAAAACGCAUCAUGGAUGAACAUCCACCAUUUUUUGGCUCUGGUGUUGGUAUUCUUUCCACACGUAUGAAAUGGAAGACAGUUACGGCGGAGCGCCUUUUACGGCUUCUGAACGGAGAUGAGGAAGAUCGUGCCUUGUACAUUGACGUCGCCAUUGCAUCUGAGCUGGGUUUGAAGCUGAACACGAAGGACACCAUAGAUAUCCGGAGACAAAGCUCAAUUUCGGUGUACAGUGCGGAACAACUGGAUGACCCGUACAAGGGAGAGCCACAAAAAGGGGUGGCCUUGAAUGCAGUGACAGGAAAAAGACUUGGACAACCGGCACACGAUAUCCUUCUUGCAGUUGGUAUCAUGCGGGGCUACACCUCACCCAUGUGGGUGGCAGAAAAGCAGCUUAAACAUUUGAACCUGGAGGUACGUGAGAAAUGCAAAGGGGAGGGUGUGCUGGCACCCAAUAUGACAGGAUUGAUAGUUUCUCUCUCCCAGCUUCCAAAGGAUGCACAGCAGAUGUUGUUGAAGGAGCUGCGCGAAAACCACCCCGACGCCUUUGGGUAUGACCUUUACUUUCUUUACAAUGUCAAUGGAUGGGAGGUGAUGCGGUCACAUGUUCUCGUGAAGCACAUGGCCGCUGUGAACGAUCCCCAAUAUCCCUACCAUUUUGUUAACCUUCGAGAUUUUGGGCUACAACAUAUAAAGUUUGCCGGGCUUGCUAGCGAGUGUCAAAGGAAAAUAGCACCUUUGGGUCCAAAAAUGAUGGAUACUUCGAUGAUGCAGGAUGACCAAGUCAAUGAGGCAAACAAAGAGAGGAGGGUGCCUGCCAUUCAGGUUGCUCGCAUCCCAGGCAGGGGCAAACACGUCUGUGCCUACGCAAGGGUUUUUUUUGCAGAAGAUGCCACGCUUCGUCGGUACUACAACGCUGCCUGCUUGACAGAGCCUCACUUAGCCGUUCCUGCAGUGCGUUCCGUUGCCAUUCUCAAUGGCAAGCUUGUUGGUCGCCGUGACGAGGCCAAGCUGCGUUCCUUCUCUCUCAAGCACAAACUUUCUAGCCCUAUUUGGCUGACGCCUGUGGGUGCCAGGCGCAUGGGCGUCGGAAUAGAGAAGAAGCACCUCCACAAGUUUGUCGCGAUUGGGGCGGGGGCAGUGGAGGAUCACGACGUUGAUGCUGUCGAGGAGUUUUACAAUUUGGACGAUUUUGACGACCCCAAUGAGAUUCUCGCUAUUUUUCCAAAGAAAAGUAAAUCGGUGCACUUUUUUCUGGACUCUAAAUGGCGUCCUGUUUUGGGUAAACAACGUCAAGACUACCUGACGUCGCUGAAGCGCACGACACCGCUUUGGGUUUCAGUGAACGAGUGUCUUAUGUCUGGUUUUGAACCCAGGCCAUGCUCCCAGCCCCUCUCAUUUUCGUCAACAAAGAAGUCAGCCGAUUCAUCCGGGGGUGUAAGGCUGUACAAUUCUCAGUUUACAACAGAUCCAGUUCGCGUUAUAGGGUUAGCCACGGUGUACACUAGGCCCCAAGGCCACAGUCUGUAA